CCUCAGCGAGCCGCGCGCUGCUCCUAGCCGGUGGGACGUGCUCCAGCAGGGCGGGCGGCUUCCUCCGAGAGUCCCCAGCGGCCGCCGCGGGCCGGAGCAGCUGCAGCGGGCGCACGCGUCCCGGGUCUGCGGGCCGAGCGCGCCGGCAGGGGUCGAGCGCGCGUCCCCUCCCCGCCCCCACCGCGUGCUGUGGCGCAGCAGGAAUUUGGCGGGGCCCCGGGCGCUAUAUGCGGCUCCUGACGCGCCGGCGGCCCUUUGGUCAUUGCUAUUCUCGGGGCACUGGGUCACCGCGCUCGGCCGGCCCCCUCUCCCGGGCCCGGAGGGUGUGUCCCCUCACCGGGGCUCGGCGCGCCUAUAAGGGGCCGAGCGGCGGGCAGGGACAUGCAGCUCUACAGUAGCGUCUGCACCCACUACCCAGCCGGGGGCCCUGGUCCCACGGCCGCAGCCCCCGCUCCGCCCGCCGCCGCAGCAGCCGCCGCCGCCGCCCAGUUCAAGGUAUCGCUGCAGCCCCCGGGACCCGCCGGCGGCGCGCCGGAGCCCGAUACCGGUGAGUGCCAGCCGGCCGCGGCCGCCGAGCCCCGCGAAGCCGCCGCCGCCCCCGCCGCCAAGAUGCCUGCCUUCUCCUCCUGCUUCGAGAUGGUGUCUGGGGCCGCCGCCCCCGCCUCGGCCGCCGCCGCCGGGCCGCCCGGCGGGUCCUGCAAGCCGCCGCUGCCGCCGCACUACACGUCCACGGCUCAGAUCACCGUGCGGGCCCUGGGCGCCGACCGGCUCCUGUUGCGCGGCCCGGAGCCCGGCGCCGCGGCGCCCGCCGCCCCGCGCGGCCGCUGCCUCCUGCUGGCUCCGCCAUCCGGCGCCCCGGUCCCCCCGCGGCGGGGCUCCUCGGCCUGGCUCUUGGAGGAGCUGCUGAGGCCCGACGGCCCCGAGCCCGCCGGCGUGGACGCGGCCCGCGAGGGGCCCGAAAGAAACUUCCGAUUGAGCGAGCACCGCCAGGCCCUGGCCGCCGCCAAGCACCGCGGCCCCGCGCCGCCCCCGGAGAGCCCGGAAGCCGGCCCCGGCCCGUGGGCCGAGGAGCGCCCUGCGGAGAGGAGCCUCCGGGGCUGGGACAGGGCCGGCGACCGCGUCCACCCUCCUCCCAGCGCCGACGAGGCGCGGCGGCCCGACCCGGAGGCCGAGGCGCCUCCGGCGCGAAGCGGCGAGGCGGUCCCGGGUGGCGCGGCCGAGGCGGCGAUCGUCUCCAGGUCGGAUCCCAAGGAUGAGAAGCUGGCCCUGUACCUGGCCGAGGUGGAGAGACAGGACAAGUACCUGCGGCAGAGGAGCAAGUACCGAUUUCACAUCAUUCCCGACGGCAACUGCCUCUACCGAGCGGUCAGCAAGGCGGUGUACGGGGACCAGAGCCUGCACCGGGAGCUGCGGGAGCAGACGGUGCACUACAUCGCCGACCACCUCGACCACUUUAGCCCCCUGAUUGAGGGCGACGUGGGGGAGUUUAUCAUCGCCGCUGCUCAGGACGGGGCGUGGGCCGGGUACCCUGAACUUCUGGCCAUGGGGCAGAUGCUGAACGUGAAUAUACAUCUAACUACUGGCGGGAGGCUGGAGAGCCCCACGGUGUCUACCAUGAUUCACUAUUUGGGCCCAGAGGAUUCCCUAAGGCCUAGCAUUUGGCUCAGUUGGCUCAGUAACGGACAUUACGACGCGGUGUUUGAUCACUCCUAUCCGAAUCCGGAGUAUGACACUUGGUGCAGGCAGACUCAAGUGCAAAGAAAACGCGACGAAGAGCUCGCCAAGUCCAUGGCCAUAUCCCUAUCCAAAAUGUAUAUUGAACAAAACGCAUGCUCUUGAAGUGUCUGAAUCCCUCCACCCUGGGAAAAUUGCAGACCUAAUUUGUGUUUGGAGAAUUACAUGAACUCUAAUCAGGGUAAUAGCACUUUUAAACUUUCAAGUAGAUUUACUGUAGGUGUAAUGCCUUAAUCAUUUUUUUGAAUGUUUUCUCCUCAGAGCUGAAGGUUGCUGGGCACCUAAGUGAUGUUUCAUGAUAGCUUUGGGUGAUCCUACUGCUAUUUAUCAUUUGCUGUACAAAGUUGGCACUACUUAAUUUGCAAGCUGGUUUCUCACAGUGUAAAUUUUGUUCAUUCCUGGUAAUCUAUUUUCUAUAAGAAUGUAUUUUUGCACAACAUUUUUAACAAUUGGUGUAUCUUCAUCUAUGAUGUGUUCCAUUUUGACACACAGCUUUCCGGCAUAAAUCCAGAGAAGUGCUUUAUAUGAAGUUUAUUAUUUUGGACAGAGUUUGUGAUUUAGUAUUUUUUGUUGUUGAAUUUGGAUUUUACAGUUCCUAAGUAAUUAUUUAAAAUGGAUAUUGAUGCAUUCAUAUUACCAGAUGAUUGGCCCGUUCCGUUUUGAUGAAACAGAUUUGUUGUUUGGAAAAUCAUUAUUUUUCUAGAAAUGGUCAACCUUUUAAAGAGAAAAUACUUAAGGGGAGGUUAUGGGAAGAAUUUUUUUUUUCUUUAAAGAAUAGUACCAGCUCUUACUUGAAUGAAAGUCUGAUAUUUGCUGAUGGCAGAGUGAUUAUUCUGUACUCUGGUUGAGGUUUAGAGUAGAUUGUCUGGUGCUCUCAAUUGUUUUUAUUUAUAUUUGUCAUUUUGUUGAAAAAAUAAUUUUAACGUGAUAGAAGACUUUGUGACGAGAUAAGCCUCCUGCUUUAUAUACAGCCUCUUGGAUUCACCCGAGAGAUUGAAAAACUAAUGGCAUAAAUGCCCCCAACCAACCUUGGCAGUUAUUUUCCAGCAGAAGAAUACUGUCUUCAUAGUCUAUUCCUUUUAAAUUCUUUCACAAGGCAAAAUAGGAUUGCCCUGUAUUAUGUACAAAUAAAAAUGUCUGUAUACAAGAGCUUGUAUGGUUUGCUGGGUCAAACAAUGUUUCCAACCUAAAACCUAUCUCAUUUCCACUUUAACUACUUUUAGCCGUAUUUAUUAAGUAAUGCAGUUUGUACUUUUUUAUUUUGUAACAUUUUGUGAUUUUUUUGUACAAUAUCGUAUUUGUACAAUUGAGCAAUUCUCAGCUGAUGGAAUGAAUGAAUAAAAUGUGUAAUUUUACUUUUA